UUUUUUCUCCAUUGCAGGGGUGUGAGAAAGAUUUGCACUCUUUCGUAAGUGAGAACAUCUGAAACAAGGACAGACAUCAAGAUUGGUUUUGGGAACAACAAAACUGUCAUCUUCCAAGAUCCAGCCUCCUGACCAUUGGGUGUGCUGUCUUAUCCAUCCAUUUAUAAUCUUCUGAAUCCAUUCAGUUUUACAGAAGUGUAUCACCUGCAAAUUUAAGAAAAAAGACAAAGGAAAGUCUGGACCUGCAGGUCACUGAGAUGAGAUCAGCAUGAGAGGAGAUUGUGGACUGCUGGAUAUCUUCCCACUGAGGGUUUCAGGCAUCUUCCUCUUCCACUGACUGCGUAUGGUAGCUGAGCCAUGGGAGCCUUUGCAAAGGGAUGAGGCCAGGCAGAAGGACUCCAGGACAGCUAGGACCUCUCCAGUCUUCCAGAAGCGUUCCUGCACAGCUCCCCAAGGAUGCGUGGCUGCCCUCUGGGAUUGCAGAAGUCAACUAUGGUGACAGAAUAAAUUCCAUGAAACCGCAAGACAAAAUCAAGAGAUGGAAAACUGAAUGGAAGAAUUUCAUCUAAACCCCACUUGAUGACUGUCUUCUGCAUUGCCUGCCUUAACCACUGGAUGCCAGGGGGCCUCCCAGCAGGGAGCCUCUCAUGCACCGACUCAUCCUCCUGUGAUGGGAAUGCUGCCUGCAGGAACCAGUACAAGUUCUCUCCUGCUUAAGAAAAGGAGCAGACUGGGAACAACCAGGUACACUAAGAUACACCUAAGUGUAUUGUCUGAACUGGGGGACGCUGGCUCUACAAUGGCUACAGGCACUGAGUAAUGAGAAUGAUUAGUGCUGUUGGAGCUGAAAACAAAUAACACCGUUUCCCACAUCUUCUUUCAUGAUGCUUCAGGCAGCGCUGUCCCGGGUUGCACAGCAGGGCCAGGGCCAUGCCCAGCCGCUCUGCCUCUCCAAGGACGGAAGGAUGUGCCAGAAUCAGGUGCCAUCAUUGUGCCAUGGAAUUUCCUCAGCAAGACAUCUGCCCUUCACAGACUUGGACAAUACAGACGUGGAAAUAAAUUCAAAUAUGUCUGCAAUUGUAAAGAAGGAGUGAAUGAAGAGCAAAGAACAUCCCUUGCUAGCUUUAGUUUGGCUAACACAGUUCACGACUGUGCCUUUCCUUAGCUGUGACCUCAGCAGAUGCACUUUGUGUCGCAGAAAGAGGAUGUGAGAGAGGACACGUGCUCAGGGCAUAGUACACUUGGCACUGUGUUUCUCUCAGAUGGAGCACACCACUGACCAGCAGUUUCCUGAGCGAUACCUGCUGCAGACGGCGACGGCUGAGCAGCACGCACUGCACGGGGCUGCAGGAGGAACCCCAAAAGAUCGCGGCGAAGACCGCAGCGCGUCCUUCAGCCCGCGGCGGGCGCGGAGCGGGGCGGAGAGGUGCGGAGCGGCAGCAGCGGGGAGCAGCAGCGCGGAGCAGCCGGGGAGCAGCGGGGAGCAGCGCGGAGCAGCGCGGAGCAGCGCGGAGCAGCGCCCUUCGCUGCCGCCCGCCCCGCAGAGCGGCGGGCCAGGAGAGACCACCAUGAUUGACUGACCUGUCACACAGGGUGCAGAGCGCUCAGGGAUUCCUGCAGCAGGUCUGCGACUUUUUGUUCAGCUGUAACGUGCAGGAGAUUCAUCACCUUAAAAGUGCAACCAAAUUACUAAACUGAAGGAUGUAAAUACAAUUAUUUUGUGUUCCAAAACACAAGAAAAAGCAGACUUAACAGCCCACGUAAAUGAAAAUUUCACAGUAAUCCAAGACAAGUAUGUUUAUGGACUGUUUGAUGUCAGCUCAGACUCUGAUAAGACUUCCAAGGUUCACUUUUAAAGCUCAGCUGGAGCACAGGUAGCAUCUUCCGACUCCUCAGUUCCUUCUGGAAGAAUUUGAACACCUUAAAUUUCCAGCAAUGAAAGACACAGAAUAGUUGCAGGCUGAGUCCUUGGAUUUGACGACUUGUUGAUGCCAGUGAGAUUCACACUUGGACCUUCAAGAGGAGAGACUUUCUGACAGCCCUGCUCCACUCCACCUGACCCUAUGACUGGAGGGUUCACCAUAGCUCCAUCCUUUGCUCUCCAGUUCCACAAGAUGGGUUCUUUCAGAAGGCCACGGCCUCGCUUCAUGAGCUCCCCAGUCCUCAGUGACCUGCCACGUUUCCAGGCAGCCCGGCAGGCUCUGCAGCUCAGCUCCAACUCGGCGUGGAACAGCGUUCAAACAGCAGUGAUAAAUGUGUUCAAAGGGGGAGGCUUGCAGAACAAUGAACUUUACACCCUCAAUGAAAAUAUCAGACGGCUGCUGAAGAGUGAACUGGGAUCCUUCAUCACCGAUUACUUUCAGAACCAGCUCCUUGCGAAAGGCUUGCUGUUUAUAGAGGAGAAGGUUAAGCUGUGUGAAGGUGAGGAUCGCAUUGAUAUCCUGUCUGAAAUUUGGGAUCACUACUUUACAGAGACUCUUCCAACACUCCAGGCAAUAUUCUACCCUGUCCAGGGUCAGGAGUUGACUAUCCGUCAGAUUGCUCUUCUUGGCUUCAGAGACUUGGUGUUGCUAAAAGUGAAGUUGGAAGAAAUUCUUCCUCUGGUCCAGACAAAGCUCCCAGCUUCCAUUGUCCAGAUGCUGUUGAUUCUGCAGAGUGUCCAUGAGCCCACUGGCCCUAGUGAGGGCUACCUACAGCUGGAAGAACUGGUCAAGCAGGUGGUGUCACCGUACUUGGGUUUGUGUGAGGAUCACAGCUUCUCUGGUGGCACCUGCUUGCUUGAGAGACGGUACUCCAGAUCCCGUCCUAAGGCUGGUGCACUGAAUUAUUCGUCUCACCUGGUGACGAGUCGGCAGCCCAGCGAGAUGGCCCUGACGCCGCUGACAGAGCAGGAGGGGGAGGCUUAUCUGGAGAAAUGUGGCAGCAUCCGGCGCCACACCGUUGCCAACGCUCACUCGGAUAUUCAGCUCCUGGCGAUGGCCUCCAUGAUGCACACAGGGAUGGUGAUCGAGGAGUCAGACAGUAACGACAAAUGCCUCCUCCUGCAGCCCAGCUUCAGCCACAGGCAGUGCUCCAGCGAGCCCAGUAUUGCUGACGGGCCAGAGGGAGUCAUGGCCGCAGGUAGGCAGGACUCUGCAGAGCUGAACUGCACGUCGGUCAGCUAGAAGAAGCCUUGUUGAGGAGAGGAGAACUGUAUGCACUAAGCUGGACAAACUGCCUUGUCGUCCCCGCUGGGAAAAGAGGAAAACUCAUGUUUUGCUCCAGUCAUUGAAAUGGCCUUGUGGGACCUAAUGUCUCUUUGGGAAUGCUAGAUUUGUUUUUCUUUUCUGUUUGUGAUCGUUGUUGAUAGAGGUACCAGCCUGCUCCCAAACGAGCACUGAGGGCUGCAAAGUUGAACAUUGCAGUCUACUUUAUAUAAGCUUUCGUUCUGUACCAGCCCAAACCUUCUGGUCUCAGGUUUCCUUCUGUUUCCUUGGUAUGAUAUAAAUUAGCCUCUUUCUGCUUUUCUCUGUCUUUCCCGGUUUCAUGCUACUUGUUUGCUCUUUGCUCCUGCAGUAGAAAGCCCUGUGCUGAAUGUUCUGGCUGCUUCUGGCACUGGAGUGGGAAUGGCUGAGGACUGCAUUUUUUUCUUUUUAAGUUGAACUCAGGGGUGAAACCACUUGUCUUGCAGAAAGGUCUGCUCAGGUGGCUUGUGAGAGAUCCUUUGGAUCCUUUGCUUGCCUCCCAUGGGUGUGGGUUUCAAGUCCAAAUCUGAAGAAACCAGAUUUUUCCCCCCCCGUACCUGAACAGAAGUGAAUAUACGUGGCAUCUCAGACAAGCACUUCAAGUGUACUUUAUUUAGUUCCAGUAAUGGUGGUGUAAAUUGGGUGCAGAGGAGGGAGGUGUAAAUUAGGGACAAAAUGCAGUCCUGAGCAUCCUGGCACUUGGCAUUAAUUUUCUCUCAAAUUUUUGGCAGUGGUAGGGCUGCAAUGAAAGGAGAAACCUAAGUGGAUCCCUCCAGAAAGGCAAUGCUCAGCAGUGUCUGCGCUUCUGUUGUGAGAGAGAACUGAAGGUUCUCCAGGCUGGGCCAUCCCCAUUCCAGCCCAGGAGGUGACAUACAGGAUUUCAUCCUUGGGCUGCGCUGGUACUCCCUGCACGUGCAGAUUUUGUGAGACCAAGACAACCAGCUGGGUGCAGGAAGGAGCCUGUCUCUGUAGUACAUUCGUGAAGUGCUUCUGACCUCCAGUGGUAUCUGGUUCAGUGCAGCGUUUCUCUUAAGGUAAAGCAAGGGCUGUUUGCAGCCUUUGUUUCUGUUUUUAUUCUGAAGAUCAGGAGUGGGUCCAGCUUGCCAGUGUCUUUGUGUGCCAGGUGCUGCAGCCCACAGUGCUUGCUUUGUAGCCCCACUCGGCACUCAAACGCUGCUUCUAUGGGAACAGACCCGAUCUGUUCGAGCAGUCCCCUGGGAUGCUCUGCUGAUGUCUUGCUAAGCAGAUUUGCAAGUGUAAUUACAGGCUUAGAGGUGAACUGAAAUGCUGCCUUAAAUGUCAAAUCCCAUUAAAAAAUAUGGGUAUAACACCACUGCCACUAGAAUCCAGUCCCUGUGGUACUGACUGCAAAUAAAUCUAUCCUGACAAGGAAACAGAAGGUUAGGAUGAGAGCCUUCAGGACGUUUCUUUUUCGCACGCUAUGACAUCAGUUAGAGUUUGCCCUGCUGCUGUUGGGCAUUAAGCACCCUUUGCUGCACUGAGAGUACAGCUCAGACCUGUCAGGAACUGGCCUUAGGAGCACAUGCAGCAAAACACAAGCAGACGAUUAUUUUGUAACAAAGCAUCUGAAAUAGCAAAGCAUCGCUGAGCAUCAGCUCACGCUGAUAAAUAAGGGUGUUGCUUUGCUUCCUGUGGUUUGCAAGCCUUGAAAUACUUGAAGAGGCCUCCAUUUUCUUGCAGUCACCUACGGCACCCUCGCUACUGGCCUUUGUGGAAAUGCAGCGCUCUGAUCGCCAGCUGUGCCUACGUGCUGAAGGACAGAGAUUUAGCCGAGCUGCCUGCCUCCUAGGAGGAGCGCACACAGUCCGGGGGGCAGGAAGACAUGGCUGUAAGCAGUCUUUCCUUUAGGGGGAUUCUAGGUGAAACUGCCUUCCUAUUCCUAAAUUGGACUGAUCAGGCCAACUUACUUGAUGCUGCCUGCCCCUGGCCGUGGGUUGUGGUGGAACUGCAGAAUGCCCGUGGUGGCAGCCGAGCCCAGCAGACCAUGCUGGUCUCACCUUGCAUGGUCCUUCCAGCACGGGGCAGGUGGUGGCAUCCUGCUCAAAAGGAAUUUAUUUGGCUACUUCCAGCCUUCUCUGAGCUGUGGUGGGGCACGUGGGGCAGUGGUAUCCUCGCAGCAUUUCAGUUCAUUCUUACAAAUGCUUGUCUUCUCUUUUCUUCUCCUCUCACUCCCCUUCUGUAAAUACCCAAACCAUUUGGAUAAGUGAGCAGCGCCCUCUUUUAUGAUGAAAAUAAGAAUGAUUUAUUUAUUUCCUGACAUACUCUUGGAUCAUCUCUAGGGCUAAUAGGAAUCCAGUCCUGGUUUUAACUUGAAUUUCUUUUAUUUUACAUGUAUGUAUAAUUUGAGUUAUUUUGAUUUUGUACCUGUUAUUUUGCAAAAAUUUGCACCAAGCCACUCUGAAUCGUGCACUUCCCCAGUUGUUUUGAUUUUUAGGGAAAAUUAAAGCUGGUGGCUUUCCUUUGUAAAUUGAAGUAAACAAAACUUGUUCUGUAAACAACACUGAGGGUCUGGUCGUGAGCACCGCUUCUACAGGCGCGUGGGAGGCACAAGCCUCUGCCAGCACCUACCUGUUACCAGCAGACUGGGUGCACCUGGAAGCCUUUGGAAAGGCUGCCGUGAUGGUGGCAGGAGGCUGGCACCAAAGGACCACUGGGGAAGACUGGGGGGCAGCUCGACGUCCUGCGCUCCACUAAGGAUGUUCGCAGUCUGCUGAGGCCAAGCCCCUGGCAGCAAAGAGCAGAGACUGCCCCUGGGUGAGUGCAGCACGAGAAAAACUUUCAUUUUGCAUAUGGGUAUCUGGUCUGGCAUUGCACCUCCUCUCAGCUCACUGUGUUGCACAGCCACGGCAAGGGUGCAGGGCGGAUCUUUGCUAUCCUGUGUUCGUCCACUUUAGAAAACCUCCUGAAUAAGCUGUCAGGAUGGGGAGAAGGGAUUUCUCUCACCACUUCCAAAAGCCUGUGUGUUACUUUCUAAUUAGAUAUGUAUCUAGAUUAAGUUACUUCCCACCUCACUGAAUCUUCCUUUUGUCAGUGUUAGACCCUGCUGCCUUCUCUUUCUAAGGUAAGUGAUUCACUCUCUAAGUCCAUGAGACUCUGUCAUACACGUACUGAGAGGACCUCAGCAGAAGGCUGUUCCCAAUAUAACCAGCCUCUCCCCCUGCAUGCCUGACAUGCAAGCAGCACGGUUUAUUGCCAUCAAGCAGAGCUUCUUCAGCCCCCAGCUGUUUGGGCAGCAAUGUCUGAGCCACAGGCUGCCAUUUCCUGUACAAACAAGCCCCAGUGCCCACCUAGGGCUGUGAACAGCAGAGCAGGUGAGCCACGAGCCAGCCCCUUCCCCACAGACUCAUGAAUCCUCCAUGUGUUUUGGUGAGCAGCUUGUUUCAACAAUGUUUGGGGGAAGAUGGGAACGUACACGUUCCCAUGAGCCUGCCCUUUGUGGCAAACCACCCUGUUGUGAGAGAGAUGUGCGCCUUGUACCAAGGCUGGGGGCUCAGCCCACAGCUGGCUGCCUUCUCUCUCACAAACACCAACCUCCAUAGGAAUGUCGUUGUGAAUUGUGCUCUUUAUUUAAAGUGGCUGCCGGUCCUUCCUUGCCUAUAGAAUAUACCCAAAGAUACCUUGAGCAUCUGUGUGAGCUACAUCCAGUCGCUGUUCCCAGCUAAGAAAGUGCGCUGUAUAAUUGUUGUGUCAGGUUACUUCUCCCCGGUAUGUAAGUUAAACCCCUCCAGGGGAUGCAGCCUGCCCCCAGGCACUUCUCCAGGUCUGGUGAGAGCUGUCCCAAGCACAGGAGUGGUAUCUCAGGAUGUAUGACUAGUUUGGGCUGUGUUUGUCAAGUCCAAAUGAUAAAAAGAAAUAGCAAUUACAGUGAGGAAAUAAGUGAAUUGAAAAUUGUUGUCAGUCGACAGUUUUUAGAUGCAUAUAGUCAACACCCUCUCUGGGCCACAAAUAUGGGUGUGUGUGUGUGCAGGAGCCACCUCCACAUAUGGGAGGAUGUACUGGGAGAGGGCAAGGAAGAAGAAGAAACACAUUCAGGCAAAGGAAAUAGAGGGCUGGAUUAAUUUUUUCACAGAGAACUGGCAUAGCACAAGGUGACGUAGAAUUACUGUUUGGUCAUCAGACUUUUUAAUCAGCAAAAGGAAAGCAAACCUCUUAAAAAGACCAAAACAAAACAAUAUCUUAGGGUCUCAUCUACCCUGAACUCAUACCACAAUAUAGAGCAGCUUUGCAGUAGCUAUAAAUUGUAGCAAUAUUCAGGGAGCUGCUCUUUAAAGUGUCUGUCAUUAGGCUUCAGAGCUAACUCCCACUUAUGCCAAGAGCCAGUUCAUAAUUCUUGCGGAAUAAUUAUUAUGGACUGUAUAGCAACAACCUCUGUUACAUUGGCAAAUUGACUGGAGUCACGGAAUCAUUCUUUCUGAGUUAAAUAUUUAUGAAGACAGCUGCAUUGGCUCACACCCAGAAGUUUGCUGCAGUUGCUAUUAUCAUUGGAAAAAAAAAAAAACACAUUUUUUUUCUUUAAACCUGAGAACAUGAGUUCUGCGAGGAUUGCUUGGGCUCCUCAAAGAGUAGACAGGCUGGUUAUGAGAUGCUCAGGGUUAAAGUCAGUGAUGCAGCAGGACUAGCUGGAAAGUAAUGGAGUUUAUGUAUAUUAAAUGUCAGUGAGAAACCACAAGAUUGGUGCCAUACGUCCUCUUCACUGUACGACUCUUAGAAUGAUUUAUAACCAUCAUUGGUAAGCAAGCCCCCUUUUCCACUGUGGAUUUUUAAUCCACUUCACACUAAACAGCUAUUGACUAACAUAUAUUGAUGGUUCUUGGAGUAGAAACAAGAAGUCCUCCCUUCACUCUUGUGUGUUUCAGAGGGGCAGUUUCACUAUUACAAGAGCUAUCUGCUGCCUUUCUUCAGGUUCAUCUCAGCUCAAUGAAUUAUCGUUUAUCUGCUGUGUGGUUGCAAAUGAAAAGGUGGGAGAGGCUGUUGUGAAGGAGGGAAUUGAUGGCAUGUGUACCUGGAAAGCUCCUGCAUAAGCAGAUUUGGGUCUGAGUCCUCCUGGGUGUUACCAGGUUGAAUGAGGAAGGUCCAGGUCAUGAAUGAAGAUGGGGGGGGGGGGGGGGGAAGGACCGUGUGUGUGUGCAAAAAGUCCACCUUAAUUGGUAUAUGCACUGUGUUUAUGAGAAAUACCCUACUCUAAUCCUGUUUUUUGCCUUGGUGGGGAUGGGAGGAUGGGAAGGGAGCUCAAAUGAGGAUCUGGGACUUUUAAUCUUGGGGAUUCAAAAUGACUCUCCUUUACAAAUUUGUGGUAGUGCUGGGUAGAGGAAAGAGGAGGGGGGAUUUCUUGUGGUUUUCCCCUGUCCUCAGUUUCUUCUCAAAAGAUAGCAGGGGGCAGCUAUUACAUGCUGAGCAACGCAUUUUUUGAUAGCUCUUAGGAGAUGGAGCUCCUCCAUGCUGUGCAGCCUGGUGCUGCCUAUCAAUAUCUUCUGAGGCCCUUAAACGCAAGGUGUCUUUCUCCCUGAAACCUGGCGGCAGGCUGGAGGGGCAGAGAUGGAUGCCCAGGUCCUGAGCACAGACCAGCUGGAGCUGCUGCCCAGGGCUGCUGGGGCUGUGACACUGGGAGGUAAGGUCCCCAGCAGCUCUGCUUGUGGCAGGCUGAAGGGGUUGUGCAAACACAGACGUGAGGUUUUGAGGCUGUACUGCGAUAAAUAAUUAUGUUGUGGCUUGGUAAGCUUCCCCAGAGGCUAUUGAGCUGGCAGCAAUGCACUGGGAUGACAGUAGGUCACACAGUGCUGCUGCUGCUGCCCGAUUCCUUCCCACCCCAUACUUUGCUGUUGCCCAAAAUCCCAUCCCCUGCAGCAUGCAGCCUCUCACCUUCCCCUUUGUCCCCUCCUGGCUUAUUGAACUGCACAAGCUGGCCUGACCAAGGCCCCCAGAGAAACAGAAAAGCCCAUCUUCAUAAGCUUAUUCCUUUGUCUUUCCAUGAUGCUUAAGCUAAUUCACUGGCUGCCCGCAUCAUUAUUGCCAUCCUCCUUUGCUCCUGGUGUACAAUGUGGAGCGGAAAUUGGUUAAGAUCUGCCCCCUCUUUGUCUCUCCUUUUUUUUCCCCAACCAGUUGUCAUCAUCAGGCUCACCUGCAGAGAGUGAUGCCUUCAGAGGGCAACAGCAGCCCUCUGCCCAUACCUCUGUCUUGGUGGAGGUUGUGAAAACUCAGCUCCAUGUUCACGAGCUGCAAGGGUGCGUGCAGCAGCAGGCGCUCCUGUCUGCUAUGGCUGUGGAGGUGGCUGUUUUGGGGGAGGAGAGCGCCCACAGGCCAAGCCUCCCAGUGCUCAAUGCCACAGGCAGUCUCUGAGGCAAAAGCGAGGUGAUAUGCAGGAGAUCACAUUUUUGGGUUAGCCACAGCUGUGCCUGUAGUCAGUACGUCCUUGCAAAUCGCCUCCUGUCCCCCACCUUCCUGGUCCUGCCACUAAUGCUGACAUCUCGGGUUUGCUUCAGACAUGGGUAAUUGAUAGCAAAACCUGCAACACUGUUAGAAAGCUGCCAGUGAGAAAUGUACCAUGAAAGACUUGGAUGGGAGAGGCCUAUUAUUUAGGUCACUGGACAGCAGGGGGAUGCUGUUGUGAGAGGAAAUUACCCAUUUGCCCUCUCAGGGAUUCAGCAUGCAGGGUACACAAGGGUACCUCAUGGCCUUGAAGGGAAGAAGCAAAUGGAGGGGUAAACCAACUGUAACAGAUUGGCUGAAGGGCAAUUGGUGGAGCUCAGCAGCAGGCACAGGGUAGCUCUGCAGGCUGAAGGCCACACAACAGAGGGGAAACCCCUGUUCCUGCCUUGCUUCGUGUCAGAACUGCUCAUCCAGAGCUGUCCCUUCCUGUGCCUCCCACCACAGCUCAGGGAUGAGCUGUGGCCUUGGGGCCUGGUCUGAGAAACAGCAUCUGGGAAACUAGACAAGGAAAUGGGUUAGGAAAUUCAUCAACUGAAAAUCUGGGAGAACGAACACUCCCCCACAGCCCCAGGCUGCGGCCGUGCAGGAGAUCCAGGGCUGGGGAUGGGUUUUGCACGUUUGUGACAGCGAAGGUGUGCUGGUGCCUGCACCUCGCUGCUGCUGGAUCAAACAGGACAGGAAAGGGGCCUGGCCUCCUGGCCUUUUUUUUUUUUUUUUUUUUUCCACAGCCCAAAGAGAUGCUGCUUGUUGGAGGGGAUGGGGGUUAAAAAAAAACCACAACCGUGUGAUUUUUGUCUGUGGAAAAACUCAACUCAGUAAAGACAUUCUGCCCAGGCAAAAAUAAAAAUCUCCCUGCUGGGCGCCAGCGUGUCCUGUCAGGAGAUGGGGUGUGAUGGUGGCUGGCGGGCCGAGGGGAGCCGUGCGUGCCUGCGGGGCAGGCCGGCCGUGGUGUAGUGACACGUCGGGCAUGUGGCCUUGUAGCGCCAGCUCAAGUCGAUCAGCGCUGCGAGCUGAGGCAGGCCAAAAGGGCUGGCAGUUGUAUCUUCAGUGCAACAUUAUAUUGUCAGCUCUCAGCUGAUGAGAAAGAUUUGGCAUGAUGGGCCCCAGGCUGUGAAAAGCUGUUGCAACUGAGACCAAACUAAAAUACUUCACAUCUCAGACCUUGAGGCCUAAAUGAGAGGGGAAAUAUAUCCAUACCAUCUUUCUGGGCUAUUUAGAGAAAUUGUGACAAAUUAGACAAUGACCAAGCCCUUUCUAUUCUGGAAAUGACUUGCACGAAAAUGAUUUCUUUUGUCAGGGAAGUUUUAGGUGUUUUUAAAUAAGGCCUGCUUAAGCAGUCUUCUGAAGAGACAUAUUCAGUGUGAAUUACGGUGGUCAAGACACACCGAGGGCAGAAUACUUCACUGGUAAUGUGUGUUUUCUCCUCAGCAUCAACUGGAUCUAUUGAUGUUUUGGUGUGUUGGAAGACCCCCCAGCUCUGAAUUUGUUAGAAAUUGUCUGUCAUGCUGUCUGCAGGAACAGCAGGAUGGGUGUAGGUUACAUGCUUAUGGUUUUGCAGGCUACAUCCUGCUAGAUCCUGGAGAAAAUUGUUCAUGAGCUGGGAUUCUCUGUCCUGUGACAAGUACUUGUGUUUUGGCAGUGAACUUUGCAGGUCAGCACACCUUCUUUCUGAAAAGGCCGCAUUACUUUGACUCUUUGUUAGCAUUCACAGACUUUCAGGAGUUGAAUUUAACUUUGCAGUAGGAAUCCUAGACCAAAAUGGGUGCAAAGGUAGUAGUAAAUUGACAAAAACUUUUCAGGAGUAACUGAGAGAGAGGGUGAGGUCUGGACACCCUGUACAUUGCUCCAUUCCUUGAGGUGGUCUCUGUAAAUGGCAUCAUCCUCACUUCAUGCGGCCUGGUGGUGCUUUAUUCAGCUAUCUUUUCAAGGAGCAACAAGCUUUGUCCAGUGAUGAUGAUUAAAAUUAAGAGAGAAAAUUUAGGCACAGGAUCUUUGAAAUACAUUUUGAUACCCUCCAGCAGUCUGACUCCAUAAUUCCAGUGAAGCACUUCACUGCAGAUGCUGGAAAAGAAUCAAGAGGUCUCAGCCCUGUUUUACCUUCUCUGAUUCAGGUAGGGAUGUGUGAUGGCGUGGGACACACAGAUCUGGCUCAGAGGGACAGACCUGGGGAUGAUCAGUGCCUACGGUUGGACUGAGAAUAUUGUUAGGAUCAGAAACAGGCAGAAGUUACGGUAUGGUUCCUUUGCAUUCACAUGCUUGCUUCUAUUGCAGUCUGAAAUGGUUCUGGUCUUCCUGCCGCAAAUCAGCUCAUCUGUGAGGAAAGGCAGAACCCAAUUUGAUUUUUAAAACCUAUUUAAGAGCAGCUAAAUCUUUCCUGUCAAAGGCACCAUUUUCUUGUACUGUCUCGAGUCAAAUUUUAAAUAUUUAUUCACUUUUUUUUUUUUUAAUCUGGAUGUAUGAGGACAGGCAUAUGCCUAUACAAAGAGUAUUGGCAUGAAGAAUCCACAACUUUAGCCCAAGGAGCUGUUUCUAGGAGGUGAAUCAUACCGGAGGCACUUACUGAA